CGUUGGUCUGCAUACUUUGUCCGUGCUAUUUUGUUCUGCGAGCGUAUUUGUCUCCAGCAGUCGAUUACAGUGCUCUGUAGUCCGUUCAUGUACGCGAUUAUGACCGAGUCUAUUGCUUUAAUGCGUGCACAAUAUAAAUAAAAAAAAAACCGCCAGUGAAUCUGCAGCUAGAGUACCUAGAAAACCUAAAUAAUAUCUCAGAUCUUUACAGAAAUACAGUUGUUAGUGUACAUAUGAAAUUGAUAAAUAAAAACUUACGGUAUAAUAUGUUCAGUAUGAUGCCCAUAUAAUAUUUUUCGUUUCAUUUUCGCAGACAAUAUGGAAAGACAACGAGCGGAGUCGACAUUCACCAUUAUUUCAAAGGUAAAAAAUUCGCCCAGAGUAAACACGAUCAUUGAAUGGCUCAAGCACAACAGAUUCCUUAUAAUCAUCUUGGUAUCGGUUAUUAUUGGAGUGACUGUAGGUAAAUAAACAUUUAUAUAAUUACCUAAUGCGUUUUACUCUCAAUAAUGUCAAACGGUGUUCAAACGAGAAUUCAAAGUUUGAAUAUUUAUCGUUUGUGAUAAUACACAUGAAAGUCAAUAUAUACCUACACAAAAAAAAAAACGUAGCAGCUAAGUACAACGGUAAAAUAAAGUACAUUAUUGUAUAAAAUGUCGCAAAAUAUUUAAUAGAUUCGUAUCAAAAUUAUGUGAAAAAUAUAAUUUAGUUCGUACUCAUAGGCACAUAAUUACUGUCGUAAUCUACAUAUACUUAGAUAUCUGUUAUUUACUGUAAAAUUUCAUUUUAGAUUUUGAGCGGGGGCGAGGAAUGUAUUAAUUUUACAAUGAUGUUUUGUUUUUCCCCGUGAACAACUAUUCUACUAGAAAUGUUGCUCCGAAGUAUCAAGUGUAGGACCUUUUCUGAAAGAGAAUUUGAUCUGGGUAGUUAAUUGUGAAUAUCGUAUUUUGGCGUAUUUAAGCGGUUUUUAUAAUAAUAAUUGGAAAAACCCGGUAAAAAACUUAGGAAAAAUAGAAAUAUUUACGAAAUGUAUUAUUUGCAAUUUUGUUUUUUAUUGUGAUUCAGUUAAAAAUAAUCGUAGAAACUUGACAUUGGGACAAAAAACUGAAAUUUGCCUUUUCUAGACGUAGUCAAUUUUUCAAAACAUUUUAGCCAUUUUUGAGCUAUAUAUAGACAUUUUAAUUUUGCGCAUUUUUUAUGUAAUUUUUAUUCAAUAGGUAUUUAGUGGAUAAAAUUGUUAAACCUAACAGAAAUGCUUCAAAAUUUAAUAUGAAUUUUAUUAUAAGGAGUACUUUGUGGUAAAAAAAAAAAAAAAAAAAAUAGAGUGUAAAGUUUUUAAAGAAUUCUAGUAUCAAAUUUUGACGAAAAUCUUAGAUAUUAUGUCCUUUCAAAACAUAUAUAACCGAACUUCACUCAGAAUCGUUUUUCGUUAGCAAAGAUUAAUCGAUGCGUACAAAUAUACUUUAAUUUCCCCUCAGUAUCCUACUUUUUCAACUUCUCACCUACAACUGUGGCCAACCCAUUGUACGAAGUAUUUCCGUAUCUUUUUUUUUUUUAUAAAUAAUACAAAUUUAAAACAAUAAUAAUUACCUCCUAUGAACAAAAAAUAAAUUUCUAUUCGCUGAAUUUUAUGAGAAACUAUUCGUAUACAAGUUUAGAAAACAGAAAUGUAAGGUUAGAUAUCUAUACAUGUAUAAUACGUUAGAUAAUAAAAAAUGCAUAUAAAAACAUUUUACAAUAUCUUGUUUACAGUAGUUUUACUAUUUACGGAUUAUAUAAUAGUAGGAAGUACAAUAUAUUUUUUGGUAAACUUAUGCGCCUGGUUUUCAAAAAAAAAAAAAAAAAAAACGUGUCGUUCAUAAUAUCAUUAUUCUAGUUACAUAUUUGAGAUACUUUUAUAAUUUUCUUUAAAAAUGUAAAUGCCAGUGAGCUUGGAAGUACUAAAAACAUUUACAAAUACUAAGCAGUCGUUUACAUAAUUAUUAUACUUUAUUAAACGUUGAAAUGCAUCAUAUUUAUUAAAUAUUUAUUAUGCAAAUGUAUUAUUUACCUAUACAUAGGUACUCGUGUAUAUAAAAUAUAUACGAAAUAUAAUAUACGUAUUUAUAAGAUAAACAGAUUUUAUUGUUUGUUAUUUUUAUUAUUAUUAUUUAUUUCGCUUGCAAAAUACAGAAAUAAAUUAUAUUUUUUUACGCGAGUUUAUCUAUUUACUCACCUUCUUUAAGUAUAGCUUGUGACGGAGGUGAGAGUACAUGAGAAAUAUGAUGUCAUUAAAAACGUUUUCAACUUAUCAAAACAUGUGUUAUUUAAUAAUACCAUGAUUACAAAAUAUUAUUUCUGAAUAGAUUUUGAAAACACCAUACCUACUAUGUUUAAGUAAAAAAUAUACUACAUUAUAUAAGUAUAACCUAAAAACAAUGAUCAUAUAUAUAUUUUUUAAGAAUGCAUCCGUGUCCUUGAAAAUCAUUCAAGGGCAAUUUUAUGUUCUUCACUAUGAAUAUUUAUGAUAAAUACAACAAUAUUUCUUUGAACAGUCAUAGGUGCGUUACAGGAAUAUGUGUAAAAUUGAGAUAUUUGUAUUUAAAGAAAAAAUAAAUAAUAUUAAUAAUUUGUUUAAUUUUAUACGCACGCGUCGGCUUUCUUUAACUUUUGUUUGUCCACCAACACCUACCGUAGUGAUACAAACUGUUUUUCUUUUAUUAUAUUUAAAGAUUUUAUAAAAGUAAUGGCAAUCUAUUAGUUAAUGAUUUAAAUGAGAUUAUUCUGUGGGAUAAUACGUAUUUUGGUACUAUUUAAACAUCCGUCAAUAUGUAGAUAAAAUUUUCGAUUUUUCUCUGGUUCGCAAUUUGUUGUAGUGGUAGAUAGUGGUAGACCUCGAUCCCUAAAAUUUCGUUUCAGAAGUAGAAAAAUGGUAACAAAAUUUAAUGACCAAAAAUAUAAUAAGUCAUACAAUUGGUAGACAAAUUAAUUUGACCAGUUUCCGAAAUGUGUUUCCAAUCGUGACCUAGAACGCUAUACCGUUAAAAUAUUUUGCGACCACAUCAGAUAAAAUAACAAAAAAAAAAUUAUUGAUAAUGAAGAUAAUUUAUUUUUUACAAAUUAUCUAUUGUACUGCUUCAAAUAGGUAACCAUAUUAUAUAUCGAAUAAAUAAAUAUCAAUAACCGUUAUAAAAAUAUAAUAAAUCAAUAUCGUAUAGUAAGCCGACCCCAAAAUUGUUGAGACGAAGGCGAAGGAGAACUAGAAGUUGAUGAAAUCAAUAUAGUAAUAAUUAUAAAACGGAUUCUAAAAACAUGAAAAAUAUCAAACAACAUUAUUAAUAUUCUAUUAUACAUUACAGAUAAUUUCUAAAUAAAUUUUAAGCGUUAAAAUUUUAUUAAAUGUCUUUUUUGUAAACAAAAAAAUAUUAGUACCAAACACAGAAACAGAAUGAAGUAAAUGUGUACAUCAUAUUUUAGGAUCAUUAAAAUUUAAAGUUAAAGUUUAGUGAAAUUUGACAACUAUCUAACAUUAUUUUUUUUUUUUUUGUAUAUUCAAUUUCAGGUUUAAUAUUAAGACCGUUGAAUCUCAGUAGUGAUACGAUUAUAUUAAUUUCAUAUCCUGGUGACCUUUUUUUGAGGACUUUAAAGUUGAUGGUGUUACCGUUCAUCAUAUCAUGUUUGAUAAUAGGUAAGCAUAAUAUUAUUAUUUUGUCUUUUGUCAUUAAUUGAUGGUUACAGUACACUAACAAAAUAAAAGCAAUGCUUAUGAACUUAACAGAACCCUAUUAAAUUCACCAACAAUACAAUUAUAAUAAAAAUUGCAAUAUUUAUUUGAAAAAUAUUAGUAGAUAUAAAUAAAUAGAUAGUUAUAAAUUGCUACAAAUGAUUAUUAUAAUUAAUAAUGCAAAUUUAAUGUAUAGAAUUAGAAUUAAAUUAGCGAUCAAUAUUUUUUAUACCUAUUCGGUUCAAUGAUUUUGUUCGAAAAUCAUCGUUAUAUUUGGAUCGACUAUAUUAAAAUUAUAGAUCAAAGUUCUUAAAAAAAAUUCAAUGAUGGAAUAUUUUUAUUACAUAAGUGGAAUUUGGAUCCUAUUAGCUAACAAGUUUAUUAUCUUACCUAAUUAUAUAUUUUAAUAACAUAAUAAUUAGGGAUAAUAAAAUUUAAAUACGUUAGCAUUAUAUUCUUGGAAUAACUUUUACAAUUUUUUUUAAACUUAGAUAUAAAUGUGCAACGGUAAUUAUUUUUUAUUUCUACAUUUUUUUUGUCUUUUAAAAUUUGUAUUAAAAUUAAAAAAUUGAAGUUAUUAAUUUCAUAUUAUUAAAGACACUUUUUCGAAAAUACGAUGAUGUGUAGAUUUUGAAAAUGUACAAAAUUAAAAGUCCAAAUUUAACAAAUUGUUAUUUUAAUGUUUACAAUAUUAUAAGAGGGAAUUAAAAAAGUAUAUGAUACAUUGAAGAAUUUGAAACUAUAAUUGAACAAAUAUUUUCAGGUGCGGCUAAUUUAGACAUAAGUAAAAACGGUAACGUGGCGGUGAGAACAAUUGUAUACUUCGUUCUUACGUCCGUAUUUAAUGUCUGUUUGGGUUUGACAUUGGGUAUUCUCGUUCAUCCUGGCAAUUCUGAUAUAAAAAUUACAAACAGCACACCUGCUUUUUCAGGACCAAAAAAGAUGAAUGUAAUGGACGGAUUUCUAGAUAUGGGAAAGUGAGUAAAAUGUUAAAACUAUGAUAUUCGUAAAACCUCAACUCGAAUUACCUUUAUUUUAAAUCAUGACACCCGUACAUAAUAAAUUUAAGCGUGUAAUAUGCACACAAUUCAAAUAUUUUUUGUAAUUCAAAAGUUUCAAAACAAUAUUGGUAUUUUAUAUCAACGUAUAUUGUAUUAUCCCUAUGCACAUUAAUUAUAAAGUAUAAAUAUUACUUUUGCAUUUUUAUUCAUAAUCACAACAAAUAAUGUACCUAUUGUAGACCUGCAACGACCAUCGAUUUUCGGUCCGGUUCGGUCAUUUGUAUAGGAACGUAACCUAUUACCUAUCCUAUUACUAUGGUGUUAUUGUUUUUUUUUUUUUUUCAAGGAAUUUAUUACCAGAAAAUGUGUUUCAAGCAACAAUUCAACAGGUAAGACAUAUAUAAGUACAUAAUAGUAUUUGAUAUUUUUAAAUAAUAGAUAUGACAUUAUUUUGAAUAAAAUGGGCUUGCCAAAAACUUUUUAAUUUUAAAUUCCAGAUGAAAAGUAAAAUACACGACAGUUCUUUAAUUUCUCUUAAGAAACAGGGUUACACUGGGCCGGUCUAUAAAUUGGUAACGGGGCUGGUUUCCUGAAUGGAUUAUAUUAUUGUUCAGCCCGGGCCGGUUUGAAGAACCAGACCAGCUCUGUAAUAAGAUAUCUUUUAUAAACUCUAUAUUUUAAGUUGGAUUUUGAUAAAAAUAUUACGAUGUUAAAUCAUUUAAUAGAAUUAUCGAUGUAUAAUUUUGAUACAAUUUUCCAGACAUUAACCGAAUACGAGCCGAUCAAAAAAGAAAAUCAAACAACCUUCAAGCGAGUCACCAAAUACAAGUACCUAUUUAAUAAUAUACUAUUCAACAAUUAUAUACUAUAUGUCUGUUGUACUAAUUUAUUUGCGUCUUACUUACAAAAUAAUUACGUCCACUAUUGAUUUAGCGAACCUUUUAUGUCUUUUAAAACAUUUUUCUAACUAUUUUUAGAGACGGCACAAAUACAUUGGGUAUAAUAUUCUUUUGCUUGAUCUUCGGAACCAUACUGGGCACAAUGGGCGAACGUAAACGACCCGUUCUAGAUUUUUUCACGGUCACCUACGAAGUAAUGCAAAAGAUACUCACCGGCGUGAUUUGGUAAUUUUGUACGAUCACUGUACAAUUUAAAAAAAAAAAAACUUUUUAAAUAUAUCAGUAACCUUUUAUAACUAUAUAGCAUUCAAAAUAUUUAAUUUAAAAAAAAAAAAAUCAAAUGUUGUAGCUAGUAUUCCCAGUAAAACAUUAAUGUACCGAUAAGUCAGGAAAGUACACUCUGAUGCGAACGCGCAAAUUUCCCAGUUUUUAAACGUAUUUUAAACAAUAAACUAAAAUUCCACGUACAAUUUUUAAAGAAUUUGGCAACUUAUAGUAUAUAUAACGUAUAUUUUUAUGCUUAUGAUAUGUAGAAUCCUUAAAAAUACUUUAAAAUGCAUUUUGUUUUAAUUGCAUUUUUUUUAGAAUGUAGAGGAAGGUUCAAGUUCAGGUUUAUAAGGAAUUUUUUAGUACCUACGGUAAAUGACAACUUUUUGACAAUUUAUUAUGAUAAUAGUCAUUGCCUGUAUCGUUAUAUUACCAUCAAAAUGAAAGAAAAGUCUUCACCAACCAACUCUCCCCCCCCGAAAAAAAGAUCUUAUUUUGGAUUUAAUACAAAAUCGCCAAAUGCGAAAAAAAUAUUUUAAGAAAACAUCGGUUACAUCUACACAAAAAAAGUUGUAGAGAAUCUACAAACACAGAUGUACUCAAGAGAAAUCACAGAAUCUAGUGAUAUCAAUCCUACGGUUCUUGGACGCUCCGUUGGCGCACAAUCCAAAUAGUCCCGGGACUUUUUGAACAGACCUCGUAUUGGUUUUACUAUGUGCGCGAUUUUUUUUUUUUUUUAUUUUUCUAUUUGUUUACCAUUGCCAUUGCGUACAGAUUUAAAUUAAAUUAAUCUAUAUAAUAUCCUUCCUUCCGAUUUCCCUAUUAAAACAGUGACACGCCCAUUAAAUUAAUAAUAAUAAUAAUAAUACUAUACACAUCCUUGUCAACUAAAUCGCCGACCGUGAUUACGUGUACCAAUAACUAUACGUACGGACAGACGCUACGGGGAUAUAAUAGUGUAAAGCCGCGGCCACGCCUGAGCACGACCAGGCGCUCGCGAGCCGAUUUCCUUUGAGGACGGUCCGAAGACCGACAGACUGUGGCUCGUCUAGACGAGUUCGUAUGUUCGGUCAGAAUGCGUGUUAAGGCAUGGACGUGGCUUAAGGUGUUUUGAACUUUCGUUUCGGAUUACCAGUGGCUACCACACUGUAACUUGGUAAAUUAAUUACAAUAACAAUUUAGCACAAUAAACGUGUACAUUUCGAAUCGACAUACGUACUUGUUAUUUAUGUAUCGACUGCGAGAACUAUAGACUGUUACCACGGUUAUACCACUGAUAGACUCUAGACUCUAGAACCGCGGUCACAUUUUUAUUCGUCCAUUUUUUUUUUUUUUGCAUGUGUACUGCCGCCGCAGUCGAACGCAUCGAUCUAUUACACUUUCAAUAAUAUUCCAAUUUCAAUAGAUGUGCAGAUUAAAAAUACUUUCAUACUGCCUACCACACAUUACCACACAUGCACAGUAUAUAAAUUAUAUAUCUAUUCAGGCACUCAAUCUAUAAAUUGGCAUAGGAAAAUUAAUAAAAUAAAAAUUUGAUAAAUCGAGUUAUACACCUACAGUAGGAUCCGUUGGUACACAUAUAGUUUAAACCAGUAGGUAAUGAAAUGUGUUUAUUCCUGGGUAUUAUUGCGCCGAUUAAAAACCGCCAACUUUUUUUUUACCGAUCCCUUCAUAAUAUUGUGUACAAUUAUAAACUGAAUUAUUUUAUAAACAUACGAUUCUAGGUAAUAAUGGCCAAACCAAAAAUGACCCGGUAAAAAUAGCUAUGUACCAAAAUGACCGGAGGAAGAUACAAAAAUGGAAAUGGAAAUAAUUUGUAUUUUUUUUUUUUUUUUUCCGUGACUAUCUUACCUUCGUUAGAAUUUUGUUUUUAAAUUAUAUUUUAAUUAUUUCGCAUUAUGCUUUGAACGAAAUUUAAAAUAGUAAUAAUGGCCGUUUUUUUUUUUUUAUAAAAAAUAUCCUCAAUAUCCUCAGCGCGUAUACCAACCGUAGUUUUUGCAUGCACACGCAUAUAAUCUCUAUAUUACAGAACGUCUCUAUAGGUUUACGCCGCUCGGGGUGGCCAGCGUCAUAUGCGGUAAGAUCAUCACUUUGGCGGAUCUCACCUCCACACUGAUCCAACUCAGUAUGUUCAUCGGGACAACUGUCGGGGGUUUCCUUUUCUAUCAGCUCAUCGUCUUGCAACUCAUUUAUUUCGUCAUCUUGAAAAAGUCACCGUGGCCGUAUUACCUGUCGUUGGGACCCGCGCUCGCCACCGCCUUUGCCACGGCGUCCAAGUAAGACGAUUUUAGUAUCAUCGCAAUAAUAAACGAUCGAAAUCGACAACCCGAGAUGAUAAAUUACUUGUACUAAUCAUACUAUCUUCUUCUUCUUCUUCUUCUUUUUCUUCUUUUUCUUCUUCUUCUCUUGGCAAACCUACUAUUUAAGGGUUUUAGCUAUCACCACAAUGUCACGCCACUUAUUUCAGUCUUGUAUAAUUGAAUUCCAAUAUUCUAUGCACGUUUCUCUCAGAUCCUCCACAACUCCAUCGCUCCAUCUCUUUUGUAGGUUGACACUCAGUCGUCUACCUUAAAAUGUCAAUUCGAAAGCUGCUUUUAGUAGAUCAUUUUCUUCUCUUUUCAAAGGAUAGCCUAAACAUUGGGUUCUUUAAGCCUCGAUGAAACUAUAGUUACUGGUCCCCAUGCCCAUCAUAUCAUAUUCCUUAUUAUAUACCUUCUCCGCUAACUUCACAUAUCUAAUAAUCGAAUCAUAUAACCAUGUUAUAAUAUAUGAAAUUAAAUAUUAAAUGAUUCAGUUAUUAGGUAUAUUAUUAUUUAUUUAAAUGUCGUGUUUUCAGGUCAGCGUCACUUCCGAUAACGUUUAAAGUAUUAGACGAAAAAUUAAAGAUGAAUCCAAAGAUCACUAAAUUCGUGUUGCCGAUCGGCACGAUCAAUAUGGAUGGUUCUGCACUGUACCUUAGUAUCGCACUUUUAUUUUUAGCGCAAAUCAAUAAUUUACAAUUGGGCAUUGGAGAUAUUUUCACUAUCGGGUAUGAUAUUACAAUUAUUAAAGGGUGUUCCUAUAUAAAUAACCUAUACAUCAAAGAGUGGGAGAUGAAUAGUUUUGAAAACGCUACUCGCUUGAUACGAAUAAUCUACAGAACAUGUCAAACAUAAUGCGUAUUGCUCGAUCCGACCCACCGCAGUACUAAAAUAACAAUUUAUGAAUAUAUUGAAAUGUGUAAUACGGUAAUAUUUUACGGCCCGACAGAUUGGCUUGCACGGCUGCCAGUAUGUCUUCGGCGGCCAUCCCUUCUGCUGCCAUUGUUCUGGUCGUAAUGUUGUGCAGUGUAAUCAAUUUGCCCACCGAAGACGUGUCCCUGCUAUUUGCCGUCGAUUGGCUCGUGUGAGUAAAAUACUAUGAAUAAUUAUUAUUAUAUUGAUUUAAAAAAAAAAACAGUCCAUUCGAUAAUAAAACGUCCGUAUAAUAUUAAUAUCUAUUUAUGAUUAUUUGAUCGAGACAGAGACCGAUUCAGGACCAUGAACAAUCUUAUCGGAGACUGUUACACGGUGGCCAUUGUUCAACAUUUGUCCAAAGAAGAAUUAUUAGAGGUAAACAAUAUAAUAGCAUAAUAAUAAUAUAGUACCUAAAAGUAAGUUUUUCAAAUAGAAUUUGGGAACUUUAGACAAUUAUAGAAACAAGCAACUCUGCAAUUUUACAUUUAUGUUAUUUUUGUCACCCUGAUUUUUGGGGGUGAAAGUAUUAUUUACUAUUGAUUUUCAAAUAGCAACCUAUAUUACAAAUUCCAUAAAUAGAUGAAGCAGUAGUUAAAAUAAAUGUUGAUGUUUAUGUUGAUGUUAAUGUUGAUGGAGCAUCGUUUGUGUGGCGGCAGCACAGCGCGCAGAGUUUUAAGAAUGUACCACUUCUCUCCCCUGGCCUAAACGUAAAAGUGAAAUAUCUCGUCAACGGAUUCACUGAAAUAAAAAAUUUAAACACCAAAAUGUAUUUCAACUGCUACAGUGCUGCUCCGUCUAUUUAUGGAUUUUUUUAACAUAGGUUGCCGUAUGAAAAUCAAAAGUAUAUACUUAUUGGUUUUAGCCGUAAAAAUAAGGGUGAAACGAAGUAACAUAAAUAUAAAAUUGUAGAGCAGCUUGCUUUUUAAAUAUUCUAGAAACUAAAUUCCAGAAAACGUUGAUAUUUUCCGAGAUAAUGACUGUCUUACGAUAAAUCGAUCACCCUGUAUAUAAUAAUAAUUAUGGUAUAUUAUUAUAACCAGCCUAUACUUGCCACUAAUAUAUGUUAUACCCACGGCUAAUGAAUAACUUUCUUUUUAGAAAACGUGUAGGCAUACUAAUCAUAUUAAUAAUAUCCAGGCACAAAAUUUGUUAUUUUCUUGUUUAUCCCAAACUAUUGGUAUUUUCGUGCUCUCGUUUUAUCAUUUUAUCUGCGACAAAACACAACACGAUUGCGCUCCGAAACAUAUAUAUAGGCGUUGUCCUUUUUCACCCGCCGCAUAUACAACGCUGACUUGCUUAAAGUUGCGUUCAUGAUAUUAUUCACAAAUAGCUUAAAGGAUAUUUAAUUUUUUUUUUCUAAUUUUGUCCUAUGACCAAUAUUAUGGUAUAGCUAUAGGUAUACGUAGUUAUACGGAAACAUAAAUUAAUUUAGAAAAUAUAACGAAUCUAUUUAGGAUAAUUAGUACGUAGUAUUUUGGCCACAUUGAUUUGACAUUGUUUUGAUCGUGUAUUAAUAUUUGUAUGUAAGUAAUAUAUUUUUGUGUGCUACAUAAAUACUAAUAUAUGAACGGUAAUUGCGUAAUUUAAUAUUAUUGUGUUUAUUGAAAACAAUUUUUAACCCGGUCAUCGACCGUACUGUGUGUACGUGGGGCGGGUAAAAAAUGACAACACUUAUAUUUUUCGGAGCACAACCGUGUUGCGUUUUUCGCGGGUAAAAAGGUCAAACGGGCGCAAUCGUAGUACGCACGGUAUUUUUAUACCUAGCCCGUGUCGACUUGCAUUGUAAUGUUUGUUUGUUUUAAUAACACUCCUUGUGUUCUGACGUUGGUGAGGUUUGAUGAGUAAAAACCCGUUAUUAUAGGUACGUACCCACUCCUGCAUAAUUCGUAAUUAUACAAUAUCAUUCAUUACACUGGUAUUAUAGACGUGUGUAGAAUAAUUUAUCAUACGAUCGGGUGAAACGUACUAUGCCACUGUCGUUAUCGAUUUGAAAAUCGAUUUAUUUGAAAUUUCACCCAGCUUUGAAGAAAAUUUAAUAUAGAUACACGGUGUCCCACAGUGUUGUCUUUAUGCUAAUGGUUCUAUCAAUAUUCAUUUUUUUUUUUUUUAAAUCGUGUUUUGUGCGAGAGACACGCAUAUAUUAUGUAGAGAAAAAUUAAAUUUCUAUUUGGAUUCCACAAAAAGCUCUUUAUGUAAUCUCAGUAAAAUGAAAGUAAAAACAAUAUGUUGGAAAAUACAGUGAGAUUUUAAUUCAAAUUAAAUAUAUUAUAGGGUUCAAAAAAGUUGUGGUUUUUUUUUUUUUUUGACAACUAAAAAAAAAACACUUUCAACAGGCCUCAUAAGCAAUUUCCCUAUUCUAUGGAAUGGGAAUGUAAACACAUUUUUGUACACAUAGCGUAUAAAUCAAACACAGUGUGAGUACAACAUUUCGCACUCAAAAUCAAACAGCACGUUUAAGUGUGUACAAUUUUUUGUACUCAUUGAAUUUAUGGCAAUGUACGAGAAAAAACCCGUGACAGUCAACAGGUUAAUCACUAAAAAAAUAACUUUUUAUUUUUCCCCUAUUUAAAAUGUCCAAAAUAACCAUUUUUGUAAAAUAUAUUGUUCUAAAAAUUUGAACGUAUCAUACAUUCAUACCCGAUUAAUAGUUACUUAAUUAUAAUAGCUUUGAUGUAUAGAAAAUAAGCAUGAAACCAAUUAAUAUUCAAUCGAAUAACACGUACGCGAUAAUGAAAUACAUUCAGCACGAUAAUUUGCCAAUUUAACGUCAAUUUUUCAAAAAUUACAAAGGUCAUUGCUAAGAAACUAUUGAUCAGAUGCGAACAUAUGAUAUAUUAAAAUUUUUAAAAUAACGUGUAUUUUACAAAAUGGCUAUUUUGAAAAUUUAAUAAAAAAUAAAAACAAAAAUUUAUAUUUGUCUAGUGAUUAAAAGAUGAAAAUACAAAUUUAAUUUUUCUCUACAAACGUGUGCCUUUCGCACAAAACCCGAUUGAAAAAAAGAAAUAUAUAAAAAAAAAAAAACAAAACAAACAUCGACAAAGUUAUUAGCUGUAUAUUAGACACUGUAUGACACCUGUAUAUAAUAUACAAUACGUGUGUAUUAUUAUAUUUGAGUAUAUUAUUUAAUCAACAAUCAUGAUAAUUGGUACAGUGAUUUUUUUUUUUUUUCAAACGUAAACCGCGGCUAAACAAUUGACUCUUCAGUGUUCGCAAUCAUUAAUUAAUAAUAAUUCUAAUAGGUUUCUAUAAUAUUCUUUUUAUUUUUUUUUUUUUUUUGUUUAGCCAUUUCGUAUAUACAUUAAUUUAUAAUAUAACCUUUGAAUUUUGACCUAACAAUUAAGCAGAUAUAUUGAUUGCGGUAAAUUACCGCCAAUUUUCGGGCCGUAUGAUAAUUAUAUAAAUAAACACACAAGUACAUAUAUCAAUAUUACACAUCAAUUAUUCAACAACUAAUCGAUACAGACGAAUCGUACGUUCUUCCGCAAUUAACGAACACACAGAAGUACAAACGGAAAUGGUAACGUUCUAACAUUAUACAGGCGACAUAUAACAUUAGAAAGCGACGAAGAACAAACAACGGAUUUAAGAACAGAAAAAUAAUACGAAAAUUGUCUGUUUAUACAUGACGAUUUAGGUGUUGGGUAAAACGUCCCGCGUGGUGCACGCGAUCAGUGGCGUACCUACAGGGUGGCAUUAUGGGCAAUGAACCACGGGCCAGUGACAUUUAAGUGCUUCAAAUCGGGGCCCAAAGCAUAUUUUUUUUAUUUUUUUUUUCAACGAAUGGACAGGUGAACAAAGAAACAGACGAUUGCCAUAUUUUUCGUUUAUCAAGUAACAUGGAUGGACGGACAGAUGUAUGAAAACAAACUCCAGACUGUGUAAAUUGGUACCCAACUCGAAUAGUGGCAUUUGGCCGGGGCUAGCAAUUAUUGAUGGGGGUUUAUGGUUUUUAUUAAGGCUUAACAGCCUUUAUACGAAGCCUCAAUAAGAAUCGGAAUCUAUAAAUCUUUCGCUAAUAGCCUUUUUUUUUUUUUUUUACUUUUGUAUAAUUUUCGACUGUAAAUAGUCGUACACUCACAUACAUAGCGCCGGCUCUGCACUUUGCCCACAAUUUGGUAAAUCUACAAUAUUUUGCCACGGGCAUUAUAAGUUCUAGUUACGCCACUGGUGCAGAUUAAUUAUAAUUACGAAAUGAAUUAUUUAUUUGAUAUCUGGGCGUUGUCCUAUAACACAAUAGUAUAUUUUACAUUAUUAUAUUCGCGACAAACAAUUUGGAUGAAUUUGCAUUACAUUAAUAUGGAGAUUACCAUAAAAAUAACGUGCAAUCAUUAAUUUACAUAUCUUUGACGUAGUAAAUAAAAAAAAGAAGUGGGGUUAUAAUUACUAGCGUGGACGAGAACAAAUAACGGAGCGAGUAAUGCGAUUUUAACAGUUUCGGUUCAGAACUCGGAUGAAUACCUAUAAUUAUUUUUAAUAGUAUGUGCAGGCCCGUCGCUAGGGUACAAGCAAGCCAUGCGUUGCAUUAAGGCGGCAAAAUGAAAUUAACAACCGUCGAAAAAGACCGGCAUCAAAAUGUUCGCUUUGGGGCGAAAAUAUCUUACGGCGGGCCGGAGUAUGUGUACAUAAAUAUGAUUAUAAAAAAAAAGAUGAUAUUCCUCACGGGUAGGCCACUGUCAUAGGUGAACAGGUGGAAAGUUUGGAUGCACAGUGAAAUUAUUGCAAGCGAAAAUACGACUUUGAGCGGGAUAAUGUUUAUAUUAAUACUUAGUCGUGUGCGUUUUCAGAAAUCGAUAAAAAUAAAAUUUAAUGUGUAUCGACAUUUGUUUGCGAGUUUUUUAAAUUUCGUAGAAAAGCUGUUCGGAAAUGUUGGAAAUGCUUUUUUUUCUUCAAAAUACUGAAUUGACAGGUUAAAAUUCCCCGUCAUUAGAGAUCAUUGAGGUACUCUAUAGAAAAACAAAAUUGAUGCGUCAUUCGUCUAAACUAAAAAGUGUUUUUAAAAUAACCGCAAAAGCGAUUUUCUGGAAAAAGUAUUGGGAAUUUCAAAAAAAAAUUUCGAUUAACACCCACUGAUAGAUACCAUCGAGUAUCACUUAAGGUAUACGACACGAGUGUUUUCCCUGGGUAAAAUCACAUCUUAGCAAAACCAAUAGCAUUAUCGCUCCACGCCGAAUCUAAAAUACCCACUUAAUCGAUCCAAUAUAAUUAUAGUGUUUUAAAUAAUAUUCGAAAUUAUACGUUUGUCGUUUAUUUUUGUUUUUUUUUUUUGUCAGGACGAUAAUAAUAAUCCGAACGCAAAAGAACCGGAAGAAGAAGCGCACGUUAACGGCACGUUUGUGAUGCAAGAACAAAACGAACGAGUCGCUCAGAGUUUUAAUAACACUCCCGUAUAAACGACGACGAUGACGACCGCCGUCCAGUAUAACGAUUACGAUACCACCAAUAUAGUUGAAUUUGACCACAAAAAAAAAAAAUAAAAAAAAAAAAAAAAUCCCAACCAUCGAAUAGUAAAUUAUUCGUAUAUUACUACUUCUUUAUAUGUACAAUGAUAUUAUUUUGUAUUUUUCCAUCGCGGUAUAUUAUUUGUUUCACGCUUAUAUUUUUUUAUUUUUUUUUUUUUUUCUUAACGUUACAUGUUAUAAUUUGUAUUAUUUAUUUAUUUUUAUAUUUUUUUUUUUUUUACCGUGCCAGUAUCACUCGAUAUUACUCUAACAUAUUUUAUUAUUAUUACAUUAUUAUAUUGAUAUAAUGUGUAAAGUAUAUUAUACAGUCAGACAGAUCAUCAUUGUUUCGCAUUAUUUCCGGUGGCGUUCGUCAUUCGUGCACAUCGCUAACGUCAAAAACUAUUCUGAACGAAGUUUUAUUGAACGUAUUUUGAAAAUACAUCAGUUUGAACUUAUAAACAAAAUUACAUUAAACUCAAAUUUUUUCACAAUAAUUUACAGCGAACCUCGAGUAUAAUUUUACUGUCAAGUAUUUCUGAUUGGCCAAGAUAAUUUUAUCCAUAUAAAACCAAAUAAAACUAAAAAGACUAGAACAUGUCACAUGUCUAUAAUACUUAUUAGUUUAAAAAUCGGACAAAACGAUUUGAAGAUUUGACUAUGCCUAGAAAAUACUAAUAUAAGUGUUUUAUGAAAAUUGCAGAUAUUUUUAAUCGAAUUAAAACAAAAAAACAAAAUCGAAAAUAUUGAAAUCGUUAAUGCCGUAAAUAUUUCCAAUUUUCUAACUUAUUU